AUGGCGACAGGAAACGAGCUCACCCUGCCCAGGAAGGAAGAGGAGACCGGUCCCCGCUGCCGAGGAGGCCACUCUCCACCGGAUUCUCCAGCGAAUGAUGGCUGGAGCAGGCAGAUGAGGAAAAAGUGCACGAGGGAGGGGUUUGCCAUGGUCUUUCAGCGGCUGCGAGGAACGUGGAUUCCAGCCUCACUCCCCACGCCCCUGGCUACCGGCUGCUCCGCAAGAUUAUGCCCCCUGUCCUUUGGUGAAGGAGUUGAGUUUGACCCCUUACCACCGACGGAAGUAAGGUACACUUCCUCGGUCAAGUACGACUCAGAGCGGCACUUCAUCGACGACGUGCACAUGCCCCUGGGCCUGGCCGUGGCCUCCUGCAGCCAGACGGUCAUCUGCGUUCCCAACUGCACGUGGCGCAACUACAGGGCCGAGGUGCGCUUUGAGCCCCGCCACAGGCCCGCCCGCUUCCUCAGCACCACCAUCGUCUACCCCAAGUACCCCAAGACCGUCUACACCACCACCUUGGAUUACAACUGUCGGAAGACGCUGAGGAGAUUUCUGUCCAGCGUGGAGCUCGAGGCCACGGAGUUCCUGGGCAGCGACUGCCUCUCGGAUGAAUGCUGACUCCAGCAGGCCGGGCCGGUUCUUCCGCUGCCCAGGUCCCCAGGUGACCCUGGCCCAGCUGGGCUCUGCUGUCCUCCCGUGUGUCCUUCUGGCCCCAGAGGAGUCUAGCCUAGCGAUGCCGCUAAGCCGAGCCUGAGGAAGUAACCAGAUAACCAUUGAAUGUUAGCAUGGUUGAGGACAUUUUAUUUUCUUGUUUGUUUGUUUUUUAAUUCUUGAAACUUGCUCUGAAGAGAACUAGACUUCCCCCUCAAGCCUCAGUUUGGUGAGAAAAUAAAAGGAAACGAGAGCCAAAAGAAAAUGACAACAAUUUUUAAAACGGGGUCCCCAUGAAUGGCUCCCAUCUGUUCUGAAAGCAGAGUCAACCGCUCGUUCUUGCUGGUCCCUUUGUCUGGGCAGAGCGUGGAAACGGCUCUGGGGGGCUGGGGGUGGGGGAUGGAAAAAUUGAGCUGUAAGAACUUCAGCCACGGGGGUUUUCACUGCUCCGAGAGUGGUGCUAAUCCAGUUCAGCCACGGCCCCGUCUGGGUUCAAUCUGGGGAGAGAGGAGCUCGACUUCUUUUCCUUUUUUAAAAUUUCCAGUGCCAUUCGUAUUUCCUGUCAACCUGAACUCUGGGAAUGCUCUCAAUCGUUUUGAUGAUAUCGAGAAACCUCACGCCGCGGUAUCGGAUGCUUUUUAAAAACAAAAGGAAAAAAAGGAUUCGCCUUGCCCUCGCCUGGGUUCGGGACAUCAGGUGCGUGGGCUGCUGAGUUUGGGACCAUGCACAGGUAGGUUCUGAGGCGCGGGCCCUGGCACGGCGCCUUGUGUCCUUGGCAUGUAGCGGACGUCUCUGCAGGCUUGGCUAACCCUCCCGAUGUGUAGUUGAGGCCUUCCCAAUACGCGACUGUGUUUCAUACCUGCAAAACGUGCCGAGGGCCCUGCUGAGAGGAGAACGCUUUGCGGAGACCUUUAGGGAAGUCCGCUGGGACUCCAAGGCCACACCUGAGACUCGCUGCCGCCCGCAGGGGGUGGCUGGAGAUGUUCCUGGUGAUCUGGUUCAUGGCGAUUGGUGUCCCUCCCUAGGGACGUUGAAUCAUCUCGCUGAAGCGCAGAGAAAACCUGCCAGGGCCUUAGGCCUGAUCCGAAACGCAAGGAAGUCACCAGUCCAGCUCCAGCGAAGCAAAGUUAGAUUCAGGGCAGCGGGGUGGUGUCGCAAUGCAAACUCCAGACUCCGGUCGCUGGGAUGGGCUCAUCGCCCCUGAAAUUCUCACGUUAGGGUGACGUUCAUGGAGUUGGGUUCAACUGAAGAUGACCGAUUCUGCUGACCUGGCAGCGACAGCAAGACAGCCAGGGCCUCUCAUGACCACCACCGUUCCCCCCCUCCCCCCAGCCCCAGCCCUCACCUCCUGCUGUGCUCUGGGGUUUGAGUGAGGACAGUGGCUGCUAGCUUCUCCUCCAAGGAUUGGGACGCAUAGUCACGGGCAUUUCCAAGGACUGUACCGAAGUUGACGGGGGAGCGGCAGUGAGCCCAAACACAGCCACCAUGGUGAGCCUGGCGGGGACAGGUGGUGUUUCCUUCUCUUGUGCACAGGCCCCAGGCCCCGCGGUGAGUCACCGCAACACUCCAGGGGCUUCAGAAAGUUCCUGAAAACAAUGGGAUUGAAAGGGAAUGGGCUUUUCUGAAGCCCCCUGGUAUCCCGAUCGAUCGUGACCAGCCCUACAGGGUUUGAGAGCGCCGGGCACUCAGACGCCGCUGUCACGCCGGGUCCCCGGGGUGGGGGUGGGGUGGGUGGCACCGUCUGUUGUGAAAGCAGAAUCGGAGCUCUUUGGGUCCCUGGAACCACAACAGGGAUCAUUAUGACCAUCAGGGCAGGCGUGAUGACCAUCACCCUCGUUUAAUGUCAGGGGCAGCCGAGAGCCAGCUUGUCUGGUGUCCUCUGCAUCGCUGGCAAGGGAUAGUCUGUGGUGCCCCCGAGGGACCCGGCACAUCCCUUUGGACGGGAGCCUGCUGCCAGCGUAACGGCCCUGAGUUGGCAAGGAGGAAGCGAGGAGGGCACUCGGGGACUUCCUGGUCUCCUGGAGGCACCUCCACCAUAGAGCCCUCCCAACCAGUGCUUCCCGUGUUUGCAAGAGCACGUGACACCGCGUGGAUUGUUUAAAAAGGAGACAAAGGAUGCUUCUACCUGGCUUCCUCAUCUUGGUGUUCCAGGGCUAAGUGUCAUUUUCAGUGGUGUAAAGAGAAGCCCCCGUUGUUGGCCGGCACGCGAGAGGGGCACUGGGAGGAGUUCCGGACACUGAUGGGGGCAGCAUCCUGAGGGGCUCUGCAACUAACCGGAAGGUUGGUGGGUCAAGUCCACCCAGAGGCACCUCGGAAGAAAAGCCUGGUAACUGCCUUCCCCAAAGUCAGCCACCCAAGCCCCUGUGAAGCACAGGUUGGCUCUGACCCACGUGGGGUGGCCAUGAGUCAGACCGGACCAUAGCUUCUCCCCCACCCCCCCAAUCAAUGGCAGAAGAGGGAAGUGUGGGAGAUUGUGCCUUUUCCGAUAAACAACAAUGUUUUAAGAUGGAUUUGGGAUUUUUUUUUUUUUUUUAAUUUAAGGAGGUUGUGUGAGGGUCAGGCAAAUCCUUACAGGUAUGGAGAGAAUCUGAAAUACAGCAGUAAGUCGAAGUGAGUGGUUGUGAAGGUGAGCAAAGGAUGGAGAAGUCGGUUUCUUUAAGUUAUUCACUAGGGAACCCAGCAUGGCUCUUUCUCAUCUCACUUUCCCUCCCCGCAAACCUCACCUUGCUGACGUGGAGGGCCAGGAAGUCAUCCUGGGAGGCUUCCUGCAGCUGUGGCUGAAGGGACACCUCCACAGAGUGUGCGUGGGAGAGUGCAAGGGGGACGCGGGGACGCGAGAGCCACUGGCUAGAAAUAAACAUCUCCCAGCUUGGCCGUCAUCUGUCCCUUAGGAGGCUUGCUCUCCUCCGUCUCUUUUGUAAUGCUGUUUUUUCCUAUCAGAAGGAUGGUUCCUAGUUUAAGAGGAAAGCCCUUUUCCAUCACAGACCUCCUUUUCCAUUGUCUGGACGACGUGUCUUGUCCGGCGGUCUUCUGCGGCUGGUCUUGGGAGAGCCGGAAGAGCCCUGGCCAACGCGAUUUGGGAAGGUUUCUCUUGGGCAUCUGUCCGCCCCCUUUUGCUUUUGUGACUUCUUCAUUUAACAAUAAAUUAUCUAAAACGUAA